CCAGUGCACUUGACGCCAUUUGGUUGUUGGCUGCGAACACUCCUCCGGGCCGCCAGGGGGCGCUGUGCCGCUGGCGGGCCCGAAGAGGCGCAGUGUGGGCUUUUUGUUCCCAGCUCUCCUCGGUGCGCUGUCCACUUCAGCACCAUGUUCAGCACCGCGAGCCGAGCACAGGCAGCGGGCUAGCUAAGCGCUGAAGAAGAGGGACGGAAGACACGGCUCAACAUCGGCACCGAGCCACGUCCCCAAUCCUGAAGAUACUGAACCAUAUCCGCCACAAAACGCCGAGACCAACGAGGCAAAAGACCGCAGAAAAGGGUUCAGGAAUCAUGUACGAUGCGGCGAGGGUGCCAUCUCCUAAGGAUGGUGCAAAUGGGAUGGCCCAGCCCGUAGUCCCCGGGUCGGGACCUGGACCGGGACCAGCUGCAGGAUCGGGAGGGCCGGCGCAGAACGCAGUCCUACAGGCUAAAACAGAGGAGGGACAGCCAGGUACAGAGGAGGAGGAGGAGGAGGAGGAGCCCAAAGCAGAGCCCGUCCUGGUGAAGAAGCCGCACAGAGAGAUCCUGGACCAUGAGAGGAAGAGGAGGGUAGAGCUCAAAUGUAUGGAGCUCCAGGAGAUGAUGGAGGAGCAGGGGUACACAGAGGAAGAGAUUCGGCAGAAAGUGAGCACAUUCAGACAAAUGCUGAUGGACAAGGAGGGCGUCAUCACCAGAGAGGGUCCACACACACAACCAGUGGUCACCCACCUGCACUACCAGCCUGACGGGUAUGAAGAGAACACUGACUUGGUUGGCUAUGAAGACGGAGACUAUGACCACCAUUACCACAGUGACAAUAGAGUGAAGAGGAAAUCAAGCAGCUCUCCAUCCCCUCGCCCAAAGAAAAGGAAGAAGAAGAAAUCUGGCCGCCGAAGGAGUCGGUUUGGCAGCUCCUCACCCACUCACAGAGAGAAGAAGAAAAAGAGUGGGAAGAAACACAAGCGAGACCGAUCUGCAUCUGGCUCCAGGAAAAAGAGGAGAUACAGAUCGGGCAGCCCAAAGAACAAACACAAAGACAAGAACAAACAGAAAAAGAGGUCCCCCGGUGAGACCCCCAGUAGGAGUUCACAGCGUCAAGGCAGCUGCUGCAGCUCCCGAAGUGCUUCCCUGUCGUCAGCUCGGAGCACCUCCAAAUCUCCUGCCAGGCUGAACUCCAAGCACAAGACGGACGGACAAAAGGCGUCCAGCACCUCGCUGUCCCCGGGCACCAACACCCCCGCCGCGUGGCACAACGGAGACCACACCCAGCGGAGCCGCAACGGCAAGGCCGGCAGACUCAACCACGUCGAGAAAGGGCACAAUAAGCUCCGUCUGCUGACCGCUAACUCUGCCAGCAUCCAGGCCGCUCUGCUGAGAGAGCACAAGCUCCACAGCACCCCCGGCAGGAGCCAGACAGGACAGGUGUGCGCCGCAGGAGAGGCUGGGAGUGUGGAUGGCAGGAACACCGCUGUAGGGAGCUCCGUAAGCCAGACGACAGGGAGGAGGGGGAGCCAGAGGGGCCAGAAUAAGAACUCCCACUCCCCUGCUCACAGCAGCGACUCAACCCACUCCCAGCACAACCACGCUCACAGAGGGAGGAGCUCUCGCCACCACAGAAAGACAAAAGGCGGCCACUCUUCCAAGCGCCACCACCGCUCCAGCAGGGGUCAGGGACACCACCGGAGCCCGUCGGCAUCUCCGGGAUGCCACCCACACACGUCGGGCAAGAAGAAGGAGGAGUCCCGGAGCAAACCCAACCUCCGGCAGCGCAGCAGCUCCUGGAGCAGCGGGCGCUCAUCGUCGCGCUCCGCCUCCAGAGACAGAGGCCCCAGCAACGCCAAGUCCCCCCACAACAGGCAGAACAACUCCAGGGAGAAGGACAGCCCCAACCGCUCGGACACGGACAGCCGAGCUCGCCGCCGCUCACGCAGCUACUCGCCCAUCCGCAAGAGGAGAAGAGACUCCCCCAGCUUCAUGGAGGCUCGCAGGAUCACCAGUGCUCGGAAGCGGCCGAUCCCGUACUACCGUCCCAGUCCUUCGUCCUCCAGCUUGGACAGCAGCCCGUCGCGGUCUAGUCGCAGCCGGAGCCGCAGCUACAGCAGCUACAGCCGCAGCAGGAGCCACAGCCGAAGCCACAACCGGAGCCACAGCCGGAGCCGGAGCCGGAGCUGGAGCCGGAGCCGCAGCCAGACCCGGAGCUGGAGCCGCAGCAAGAGUCGCUCCCGCAGCCACCACAGUUACUACAGCCGCAGCAGCUACGACAGCCCCGGCUUCUGAGAGCUACACACAGCAACGGGAACAACAAGAACCAGAGGAGGAGUCCUGUUAAAGGUACUGUGCUCUCCACAGGGGCCACCCUGCUGUACAGCCCAGGGCCCAAGCUCCCCGACCCCUCAUCUCUCUCUGACAACGAGCCCGGAUCAAAGAGCAGACUUUUUAUUUUAUUUUAUUUUGAUAUUGCACAUUACAAUAAAAUUGGCUGUCACUGUUCAUAACUUCACUUAACCAAGGUAUUAAAAAAAAAAUGGGUUACCACAUGUCAAAGUUAAUUGGGUAGAGCCCAAAGAACAAAUCCGCAGUAUGUUAGCACUUUCUUCCUCUUCUUCGCAACCAAAAAGGAAUUUAUUAAAAACAAUAUACAGUAUACAGUACAUACUGUGCAUAUAUGUGUAUAUAUAUAUCUAUAUAUAGAUAUAUAUAUAGAUAUAUAUACUGUAUAUCCAAACAAUAUCAGCGGAGUAGGAGACAAAAAGAGGAUACAUCAACGACUUAUUGUACAUUUCAGAAAAAUCUUCUUUUUACUCACCCUCAUCACGAUUUCAUCGAAGCACAGAGAUCAACAAGAGUUCGAACAAAAGAGGAGUCGGCGAGUGAAAUAGGGAGCAAAAAAAGGAAAAAAGAGAACUUUUUUUAUGAUAAA